UUGUGACGUCAGACUGCUGCUGUGGGUGAAACCUGAGGGCUUUAAAAGCAGCAGAGGCAGAGUUACAGCUCACACAGAGUGAUGAACGUCACCAUAUUCUGCUGACUUUAAAUACAGAGCAGUAAGUUUGUGAUUCUGAGCUAAUGAACUAACUGUGAACUGACUGAAGACUGAGUUGUGUUGAAAGCAGAUGUACAAAAUGUAACCAGAUCAUCCGGUUGUUCCUGUGCUCUCCUGUUCCCGAGUGUUCUUCUGUUUGGAGCCUACAGGAGGAUGAAGAUGAUGAAGAACUCAACACAGGUUUCAGAUUUCAUUCUUGCUGCCUACUUUGACGCUGGAGUUUUUAAAUACUUAUUUUUCAUGAUUGUUCUCUGUGCUUAUGUUUUUAUUGUCGGUGCCAAUGGGUUUCUCAUUGUGGUCAUUUGUAAAACCAGAAGCCUCCAUGAGCCCAUGUACCUGUUCCUGGUCAGCCUGUUUGUAAAUGAACUGUUUGGAAGUUCAUGGUUGUUUCCAUUCCUGAUGGUUCAGAUCCUCUCUGACGUUCACACCGUUUCUGCUUCACUCUGUUUCUUACAGGUUUUCUCUUUAUACACUUAUGGAAACGCUGAACUCAUUAACUUGACCGUCAUGUCCUAUGACAGAUAUCUUGCUAUCUGUUAUCCUUUGCAAUAUAACACACGUAUGACAUUCAAUAAGGUUGCUUUUCUGAUUGCUGUGACGUGGAUACUUCCUGUUUUUGUCAUUGGUCUCACAACAUCACUGACUGCCUCUUUAACGCUGUGUGGAAACAUCAUUAAUAAAGUGUACUGUAACAACUACUCCAUCAUACAGCUGGCCUGUUGUGACACCACAGUCAAUAAUAUGUUUGAAAUCACUGCUGCUUCCGUGGCGCUCUGUGUUUCAGGUUCUGUCAUCCUCUACACCUACGUGAGGAUCCUUCGAGUGUGUUUUUCUGGUUGUAAACAGAGCAGGAAGAAAGCAUUCAGCACCUGUAUACCUCACCUGGCUUCUCUGCUCAACUUCUCAGUUGGUGUUAGCUUUGAAAUCUUAGGGAACAGAUUUGAUGUGAGCAAUGUGCCAAAUAUUCUGCAAAUAUUUUUAUCUUUACACUUUCUAACAGUGCAGCCGCUCUUUAACCCUGUAAUGUACGGACUAAACGUGUCCAAAAUAAGCAUCAUCUAUUAUUGA